AUGGCUGAUGAUGACAUGGACCACAUCACGCUGCCGCCAGCCACGGGGCCUAGCAGCAGCAGUCACACCCAUGGCGGUGUUCCUGACGAGAUUGACCCUCUUCUGGCAGAGGAUGAUGGGGAUGAUGUGGAAGAAGACAACGACUUCGACGACGAUGAUGAUGACGAUGACGAUGAUGAGUUUGAUGAAGGCGGGGACGACGAUAACGAUGAAGACUACGUCAACGACGAGACAGCAGCCAGCGACGACGAUGAUAUUGUGGAAGAGGUGUCCACGCCGCGUCGCAAGCGCGCCAAGCGGCAGAGUUCAUCGCGACGGUCAAUUGGCAGCAACAGCGCAGGUGCAGCAGCAGCAGCAGCAGCUUCUUCCUCAACCCACGCGCAUGGCAUGCCCAAUCCAAGUGGUGGCCGCUUGCGCUUCACGGACUUGGAGCUGAGCCUGCGCACAGAAGACGUCCUCGACGACCGCCACCACCGCCCCGCUGACAUGGAGAAGAUGAUUGCACACACACAAAAGCGGCGGUUUAAGAAGCGAGGCGUGCGCUCCCGCAAGAACGCCCUUCCCUCGCGUUUCAUCAACGUCAUGGGCGAAGCUAACAAAGCUUACACCCGCCAGGCAUACGACGUUGCCAAGCGGCUGUGCCAGCAAGUGGUUGACGCUGCUCCGGACUGUCCUGACCCAUACGACACACUCGCUCUCGUGUGCGAGGAAGUUGGAGACAAGCCGAAGUGCUUUGAGUACCGCAAGAAAGCGGCGAGCUGCCGACCCAUGCGCGACGUCAACUGGAUGGAGCUGGCUGGACUUGCGAUGGAGAUUGGGCGCGACACUGAGGCAUCACGUCUUCUGCAGCGUGCACACAAGCUCCACCCAGACCAUCUGCCGACAUUGGAGGCGAUGAUGGCGGUGGCGGAGAAGCAGGGAAAGACGUUCCAGGUUGUUCGCUACUGCGGCAAAUACAUCAGCAAAUGCGGACCAAACGUCCAGCUGUUCAACCGGCUGUACAAGUUGGCGACACAGCGAAUUCCCGGCGCAAAUGUCCGGUUCCGCUGUCUGGACGAAGCAGCCGACAGCAUGCUCCAUGUGUUGGAGAAGGCAAAGGCGGAGGAGAACCCGAGUGUGGACGCGGCGUGUGUGCUCAUGACGGUGGACCUCCUCUCCCAGGCAAACAGACACAAGAAGUGUUGCGUGACGCUGGUUCCAAACACGCUCUCAUUUCGUCAUCUCGCUGCGGAUGCGAACCACGCCCCCUGCCAAGCAUGCUUUGCCAUUGAACGCGGCGUGUCACUGGACAACGUCGAAGCCCUCAUCACUCGCGACCCCAAGCUGAACCUUGACGAGCGGGCAAAGGCAUCGUACGACACAACCCGCGUGGCAGGCGCCUUUGAGGUGCUGCCUGUCGGGUCGACGACCACGAGCGAUGGAUUCCACAUUCCCGAUGGCAUGAAACUCUAUUUCCGCGUGCGUCUCGCUCUCGCCCAUCUCGCCCUCAACGACGACGACGACGCAGCCGUCGGCAUCCUGCUGCCGCUGCUGCUGCACUCCGUCGAGCAGCACUACGCGCUUUUUCACGACACCAUCUCCGUUCUCAUCAGCAUUGCAAAGUUCCAUCUCGCCCUCCGAAUUUGCGAGAAGGUGCGGCGGUGUGAGAAGUGGGACAAGCCGGCGCUGUGGGUGCUCAUGUCUCGGUGCUACAAAGGACUGCACGAAUACGAGACCGCCCGUGAACACAUCGAUCAUGUUCUCAAGGUUGUACCGAUGCACAAGGAGGCCCUUCGGCUGCAGCGGGAAAUCUGCCGAGAGGCUGGUGUUCCAUUGCCGCAAUCGCAGCAGCGGCAGCAGCGGACAUCGAAGAAGAAACGAUCCAAGAAGACUCUCACCAUCAUCAGCAACAACUCCAUCCCAACAGAGCAGCAGCUGAAAGAUCAUGGUGUUGCGGACGGCUCAAGGGCAAAACACAUGCACGCGGCAACGACAUCGCAGCGCACGCUGACUGCCGUUUCUCUUCGCGGAGACCUGAUUCGGAUACGUCAGCUGUUUGGGAAGCGCGAUUUGGAUGCCGUCAUCAGCACCGCAUAUCGGCCCUGCCUCUUCUUCCUCCAGUCCCAACUUCAGCCGACGUUUCUGCGGCCGUUCCGCCCGGACGUGUGUCGCCAGUUUGUCAUUGACGCUGCAAAAGUCGAUUGGCAGUGGGAGGCUGUGCGUGGCGCGGUGUCUGGGGAGACGGGCAACAGCUGGCUCGUGUACGACAGGGACGACACACGUCCCGAUGGUGAACACUUGCGGGUCUUCAACCCAAAGUCGCUCUCCAUCGACGAAUGGUUUGAGAUGUUCAUCCGCGUGAGCGAGGCGAUGGUGAACAGAAGGCGCGGGUACGAGGCCGCGUGCAUGCUGCGCCGUCUCAUCCACAUUGGCCGCUGGGGAGAGAAGAAGCCAGUCAUCCUCUACCUCGAGACGCUGGCGCUGCUCGGUGCCGGGUGCUACGACGCGGCCUAUCUCAUUGGCCGCGCCAACGUGCUCGCCCACUCGGAUGCAAACCGCCUGUGGGCAGCGCUCUAUCCACUCUUCUUCCAGACACACGAGGCCUUGCAUGCCAACCGCUUUGUGUUGCGUCGUCUUCGUGAGGCCCCAAAGUGCCCGUCCCCCUUCCAGGCGCAGGCCAACCACAGCCUCAUGUCCUCCACAUACAACUACGCUGCGUUUGGGUCUUCGUGGAGUGCAAAGAUGGCGGACAACAAGGAUGAUCGCGCACUGGCGCACUUGACGCAUUCCAUUGCGUGCCUGCGUCGCACAACACAGCGCUCCUGCCCGUACCGCCGACCCCCGCUCAUCAGGGCGCUGGUGCUGUUCAACGACUAUGCCGAGCUGCGGGGCGGAGUUGCGGCGUCACAGGAGGCAGCGUACAACCUCGCGCGUCUUUAUCACUUUUGGGGUGUGAACCACUUGGCCGUUCCCGCUUACCGCCGCGCUCUCGCACUCCCGAGCGUUCUCGACACCCAUCGCGACGAGUACGAGAAGGAGAAGCACGGCAUCAAGGGCCCAUUCAACGUGUGCUCCGAAGCGAAAUACGCAUCCCAUCCCCUCACAGUGUUGAUUGAGCGCUGUCUCGCGAACCUCCGUGACCCAUCGAGCGAGCCAGACCCAACGAACUUGCGUGCAGAAUGCGCAUUUAACAUUGCGCUCAUCCACAAACCGCAUUCACCAGAAGCGGCAGGACGGCUCCUUCGCUCAACCAUUGCUUGGUGA